GUGUGUAUUUACAACGAACUACAAACUACGUAAAGAUCCGUAAAAUUUGUGUAUUGGGCUUUACUCUAUGUUAUUCGGUUGUAAAACUAUAAAACUGUUGAAUAAUUCUUUAAAGUUUCAUUGUAUUACUUUUAUUUGUUAAUUUAAUAAAUUUAAAAGCUCGAUAAAAAUAUCGUUAUUUCAAAUAUAGUUAUAUUUGAGGUUAGGAUGAUUGUUAUACGCGAACGAAAGUAUAAAUUGAUAUGAUCAUUACUUGUGUCUUUACUUUCUUAUGAUAUACAUGAAACGCAUUCAUAAAAAAAUGGACAACUCUGACGAAUCACCUAAUAAAUUAGCUCUUGUUGAACGAAAUUAUAUGCCACAAGGUAUACAUUUGGUUGAUCCAAAUGCUGUAGCAAAAUCAUCGAAACAAGAUUUAGUUGCAUUAGCAAAGGAAAUACAAAAAGCUGAUGAGUACAUCAAAGCCAAUGCGUGCAAUAAGUUGCAAGUGAUUGUAGAACAAAUGAAAUUUCUUCAAAGACAAGCUGAAAGUAUUUUAUUAGAAGUUAAUCAAAAUAUUAAAUUGCAUCAUGCUGCUUGUAAUUUUGUAAAACAUCCUGGUCAAGUAUAUCAUUUAUAUGAACGCAACUCAGGUCAAUGUUAUUUUUCUAUGCUUAAUCCAGAAGAAUGGGGUAGUUCAGGUCCUUCUCAAACUUAUAAAGGAUCAUAUAGGUUAGAACAGGAUCAUUCGUGGACACCCAUCUCCGAUAUUAAUACAAAAGACAAUGAAUUAAAUCUUUUUAGUAAACUCCUUUCGAAUAAUGGAAUGUUAAAUAGUAGUUUGGAUACACUUGCUCUUAAUAUAAAUUCAAAAUAGAAAAUAUUGUUUGUAAUCAUGAGAACAACAAAUUUAUGACAAAAAAAAAAUAUAUAAAUAUAUGUAUGUAUAAAGAAUUAAAAGGCAUAGUCAUCUAA